GAUGCACUUGCACUGUCAAUGAGACAAAUUGUAUGGGGAAAUUUAUCUGAUCUCCAUUUUUAGCAAAAUUUGAUAUUUUUGACAAAAAUUAUGUAAGAGUACAAUAUUUUAUUACAUCAAUUAAACUUUGAUUGAACCAUGAUGAAUUCUUUUCAUAAUACCGUGAAAUAUUUACGGCUAAUAAACGUAAAAACUGCGCUCAAUACUCUCAAAGAAUGCAAGCCAACGCCGUACGUAGUAGAAAAGCCGGCUAUAAUAUCAAAGGCGAAAAGUAUAACAUUUUCACCUCGAAAUGUCAGCGUAGAAAUUGCAGAUAAAGCGAUUAUAGGAAAAAUAAGGCAAGAUCCUGUCCAUUACAUCCCUAUCAUAAAUCCUAGAUCUAUUCUACCUUUGAUUGAUACAAAUUGGAAGAAAGAUGAGAUAGGUCUGCCGGCAUUGGAAAAAGAGGAAAAGCAGGCUACGAGAUUGAUUGUUAUCAGAAGGAGGAAAAUGAAAAAGCACCAGCGAAGGAAAUUGUGGAAGAGGAUGAGGCAUCGCUGGGCCCGGGUGAAGCAACGCCGUCGUCAAGUCAAAGAGAAGAACUUCCAAAACAGCCUGUUGGCAAUGGUCAAGGAGGCUAAUGAGUUUUCUGCGGAGAAAUAUGUCACAGAAAAGAUCCAAAAAGCCAACCAUACGCCGCUACCAACACGCUGGAAACACAAGAGGCUUCCAGAGUUCAUCAUCAGACAGCUGAUGGGGCUGGACAAGAAGAUUAAUUACAAACACACAGACAAGUAUAAAGCUUAGUCUGAUAAUGGAUUUGCAAUCAAACUACCUACUAUUAGCAUUUCUAUAUACACAUGCAUAUGGUUCAUCUAGGUGAACUUGGCAGGUGGUCCACGGCCAACCCCGGAAAAAUUGUUCACAAAUAUUAUCACACUGUUAGGUGUCAUUGAAUACAUAAUUUUAUAUUACCUAAAAGCAGAUAUACGUUUAAAUGUGACUUUCAAAUUUUGCAACUCUUGGUAAAGUAGAGAUUUAUCAAAAAAAAUUUUAGGUAUGUAUUUUACGGACUACGUUUCAAAUAAAGUUUUUGAUGUUGUUAAAACCUAAAAUUUUGUUGACACCUGAGAGUGUAUUAUAAUAGAAUGCAUACAUACAUUAUUGAAUUAGUUCUAUAAUAUGUAGCAAACAUAGUAGUUUAUCUGAUCUUAUUUAGGUAACUAUAUCAAUAUUUAACAAUGAGGUGAAAUGGUACUUUGAUUGUAUUUCGAUAAAUAGUAGAUGAAUAAAGGUGUUAUAGAAUAUA